UGGAGUCUGGAUCAGAACGGCCCUACAUACUACUAUAAAGGAAGAAACUACAGUACGUUUUAAAAUAGCCUAUAGAUACACUGUUAGGUGCGACCUUUAUGCUGCAGAAAUAUAUACAGAGAAGAAGACGGUACAAAUGGUGACGUCUUUCCGGUGUCAUGUCAGCGUUCUGUUGAGGUUGAAUUCACGCGUGUUUAGUGGUGCUGAUAUUCUGCCCUUUGCACAGAUGGCAGAAAUUGUACAAGAAAAAAGUCGUGGCUUGAAGUUUGCAGAGCAGCAACUCCUGCGUCACGGCUGGGAACAUGGAAAAGGACUGGGACGAGCUGAAAAUGGCAUAUCGGAAGCUAUCAAGGUCAAAGUGAAAUGUGAUAAAGGAGGAGUUGGUCAUAAGGAAGGGGAGCAGUUCACCUUCCAUUGGUGGGAUCAUGUCUUCAACAAGGCCUCUUCCAGUCUGCAGGUGGCGCCUGAUGACGAGGGGGUUAGGUUGAAGAAGACAGUGCAGGAGAAUGAAGAGGAUGGGAUGGUCUCCAAUAAAAAGCCACGGAAGGCCUCACUGGCUAAAGCCAAACUUUAUGGAUGCUUUGUCAAGUCAGCCACAUUGCUGUCUGGUCAGGAACAACCAGAGCCCAAGUCUUCCAGCUCAGAUGAGGAGGAGGAGGAGGACCAGAACCUGGAUCUCUCCAGCACCACCAAGCUAUCUGAUGCUGAUCUCAUGAAGGCUUGUGGAGGACGCACGGCUCACAAAGGAGCAAGACAUGGCUUGACCAUGAGCGCCAAGUUAGCCCGGCUGGAGCAGCAGGAGGCUGAGUUCAUGGCCAAGUAUGGCAAGAAAAGCCAACCAGCAGGUGCUUCACCAGUUUGUGCUCCACCAGCUUCCCCGACCUCACAGUCAGCUCAGAGAGCCAAAAAGCAGGAGGAGAAGGAUCCUCUGAGAAAAACAAAGAAAAAGAAGAGAUCCACUGGCAGCAUUAAUGAGCUAAAUGGUGAAGUGUCUGAAAGUCCCAUGACAGAUGUUAAACUCAAAAAGAAAAAGAAAGCUGAGGAAAUGGCUGAUGUGGUUUCCACUGAGGAGCAUGUGUUGUGCAUAGAGAACAAUGAAGUGGACUAUUUUCACAAAACAAAGAGGAAACACAAACAGAAAAAAGCCAAUGUAGAGCAGAAUGGAGAAGAAAGAGUGGCUUCACCUGCAGUAGACAGCAAGAGCCCAGAGGCCACUGAUCUGAAUACCAACUAUAAAGGGAGGAAGAAAUUGUCUAAACACCACAGUGAGGACAAGGAGAGUAUUUAUACAGCAUCAGUCCACAACUCUACUUCACUAGCCAAAAGCAAAAAAGCUGCAGUUUUGUUGGAGGAAGCAGAAGUUAGAGAAGAAUCAACUGUAAAGCAGAGAAGGAAAAAGUGUGCACGGGCCAAACCAACUACUGACUUCGAUGUAAAUGAGGAGGUACUUCCUCCUCCAAAAAAGAAGUUCAGAGAGUAGAAAAUAAAAUGUUUUGGCUGAUUGGAGAAGUUAGCAUUACCUUAAAUCAGCUCUGGGCUACAUGUCGAACAUGAGCUCUCCAGUGCUACGGGCCUGUACGUGCAUUUGCGUGUUUUCCAUUGACAGAAUAUCUUGAAUUAGUAAAUCAGACUAGUAACAAGAUGACAUCCAGAAGUGGUGCCUCUUCUGCCUAUUGAACAACUCGUAUGUUAUCAAACAGGUUUUCAGUCAGUAUUGUUGCAUUGUAAGUGUCUAAGUGACCGAGGAAACCUGGUCACUGGAUUUUUAUUGUGGUUUAAGGCCAUUGCUUUUUAAAAUUGUUGAUAGUCUGUGGAAUCCGAACUCAUAUUUUUAUUGGAAAAUUAAUAUGAAAUGGCAAGAAUUCACUGUAGUCUCUUUAUCAUAAACUACUUUUUGAGGAAGCUGACAACUAUGCUGUGCUUUUAUUAAAAUGAUGCAACACAUGGAAGUACACUUUAUAAACCUAUUUC